AUGUCUUCAAUUGCACGCCCUCCUGAACCAUGGCUUGUAGCCAUUAUUCUAAUAGUCCAAUCUCGUGGAGGCCCACGAUGUGUCUUCCACACCCCCGCCAACCCGGACCUUGAGAAGCUCCUCGGCCCCAACUUUCGUCGCGGACGAGGCGGUAACGAUUUCGCAUCCGAUGAAGAAAGUCAAUCCAGCUCCGAUGAGGAAGAUGAAGAUCCCACCGGUGCUGGAGGGACUGCUACCGGUGGGAGUUCCGCAGGUGGUGGUGGUCGACCGAGUAACGCGAACGUGGUCGACGAUAAUAAUUCUACGACCGCUUCGUCAGCGGGUGGUGACUCGCAGCGUCCACCGUCGCUUAAUUCCGGGAAAGCUAGGAAGAAAGCAUCUGAUCUGGAGGAUAGUGCUGAUUUAACGGGUAUUGGGAGAGGUCAUUACAGUGCGGUCUUUGACUCUGUGUUUGGACUGCCGUCGGAUGUAUGGGAGAAGCUAUUGAGUCCGACUCGAGCAUGGCACAAGAGGAGGUUUGAAAUUGGUAUCAAUGACCUGGCAUUCGUGGGCUGGCCUGUCUUUGUACGCGAUGAUGGUUACUGGCGCAAGAAGAGUCGAAGGAGGAAACGAAAGAAACCAAAAAGCGCGGAGAAGAGACAUAAAGAUGGCGAUGCCAAUUCUGACAUCGAGGGCGCUCCUGAUGGUACACAGUCCUCCAGAGAAGAUGACAAUACAGACAAGACGGAUGUCGAAGAUAAUGCCGAUAGUCAGACGGGCAGUCCGGAGAGUGAUAAAGAUACCAUGUCGAUGUUCAACGUCGUGUUUGUCAUGGCUCCGCCGGUGCUUGAGUACUCCAUACAUUUGCAAGAGAUGUACGAGCACGUUAUCAAGAAGUUUAGCAAAGCCCUGAAGUAUGAACAAGAUCAUUCGGAUUACGUGUGGAAGGAAGCGCAGCAUAUUCUGCAAGUAAAGGAACGGGCGCGAGAGCGAGACGUCUCUGCGGAAAAUUUGCAUGACGAGCUCGUGUCAAAAUCGUCUCUUGCUGCAGCCAUACAUUCCGUAUUCGACAAGAUUUCCAAAUCAGAUAUUGCGUUUGUAUCUCUCAAAUCACGUUCAGCCGACUUCCAAAUACCUCCGACAACAUCAGUUGCAGACUUACCCCCGAGCAACGAUACCUCCCUUGCAGGCAUGUGGCUCACCACAGCGAAUACAGUCAACGCAGACCACGGCGCAGAACUCGAAAUGCCGAAUCAAGUUCUGGCCAAACACUUUGCAUUGCUCCUCCUCGAAAGCGAGGCGGGCAUCAUGGAAGCAUUAAAAGGCAGCGAACUAGCUCCAGCUCUCUUACACUACAUUCGAAACUCCCGGCCCAAUAAGUCCUUUGCGCAGAUAUCGGCACUGUCGGGUAUUCCUCUUGACACUAUCCAUGACCUCGCUCAACACCUGGUUUACUGGAGACGAGCUCGAGCCAUCCCACCGUUGCACCAGAGAGAUACUUAUAUCGUAUCACCGAAUUGUGAUCUCAGCCAGUUGAAGAAAGCUACUCAAUCGUAUGCGGCUACGUUUCCGACUCUUCCCAGUUUACCCAAGAUGCUCUCGGCGUUAAGUGGCACUCCACGACCAUAUGCGACCUUUAUUCCGAGUAAGGACCACAAGGAGACCUAUUUUGCUAUCCUUGCCUGGCUCCUGAGAGGUGGAUGGGUAACUCAGCUGAGAACUUUCUCACGAGUCAAGGUGACUCCCGAGAUCAAGUUCGCAGUCGAACAGAAAAUGCGCAAAGAACAACUUGAGAAAUAUCUCGCUUCAGGCGGGAAUGCAAGUUCAUCAUCAUCGUCACUGGAUAGAGCAUAUGGCGAUAGCUCGAGUACGCGGUACCACGACGAUGCCGCGAGUACUAGAUCCUCGUCUUCUAUCCACAGUCAAACCAGCGGACAACUCACACCCCUCGCACAGCGACACGGGUCAGAUGAAGAUCACUUCCAACUAUCGGACUCUUACAUGGAGCGCAACUCGCACCUGAACAUGUCGUCAUUGAUCAUGUUUCCGCAUCGAGCCUCUCCACUCGAAUCCCGAUGGUUAGACGAGAUCAUGUCCCGAUUCCCAGACGCACCACCAAGACCGACUUCAUCAACCGCAACAAAUCCCAAUGAAGGCGACGACUCGGUAGUGACGGAUUCCUUGAAAACGUACUGGCCUAAAUUCGUCAAAUAUUUCAACGGCACCGACGCGCUCGAGAAAAUUGCCGUUCGCGAGGGUAUGAAACGGAAGGUUGUUUGGCAGCUUCUGCAGAGAUGGGGGUUGGGGCAGUCGACCAUGCCGGGUAUGGAUGCCAGGGAACAAGUUCUUGUCAGUGUGCGACACUGGUAG